AUGGUGGGGAGGAUUGUCGGAAAGAAGAGGAUAGUUGAGGGUAAAGGGGAAGACAAGGAUGAGAGCGAUGACGAGAGUAGUAGGCCAAGAAGCCAUAGAUGGAUUGAGGGAGAGUGGCAGGCAGAGAAGAUGAGAUUGUUAAAUGAAACUGCUCAUGUGUAUGUUGUUAGACGGGUUGUACUUGAAGAUGAUCCUGAAGACUUACACAACUCUAGAAGAGGCAUUCCAACAGAAAGUGGAGAAGAUAAUUUAGCUAUCCAAUGCAUUUCUACCCCUAUUCCAGAGAUAAAUGCUAGCAAGUGGAAGGAUUUGCUUAUUGGAUUAGGACAAACAUUUACUCAUGCUGUGGCAUUUAAGAAGGCAUUAUACAAGUAUAGCCUAGCGCACAAGUUCGGAUAUAAAUUUUUGAAGAACAAACCAGGUCAAGUUAUUGUGAAGUGUGCAAUUGAGGGAUGUCCAUGGUAUAUUGAAGCAUACAAGUUUGGUGGAAAAGAUAAUAGUUUCUUAUGUAUAAGAACUUUUAAGGAUCAACAUCUUCAUUUUGCACAAGAUAAUCUUGAUGUUGCCCAUAAAAGUGUAUCAACACUAACGUCAUCCAUAAUAAUUGAUGAGUUGAGGGCUUCCAUAAGCAAGUCUCCUAAUGAUAUUAGACGAGACAUCUAUAGGGAGUAUGGUUUGAAACUUAGUUAUUAUCAAGCAUAUAGAGGUAAGGAGAAAGCUUUGGCUGAAAUAUAUGGUCAAUCGGAUGAAUCAUAUAUGUUAAUUCCUUGGAUAUGUCAAAGGCUAAUUGAAAGUGAUCCGACCACAGUUGCAAAAUGGAUAGUUGGGCCGUGCAAUAGAUUUCAAUGUUUAUUCGUUGCAUAUGGAUGUAGCAUAAAAGGUUUCAUGGAAGGUGCUCGACCCAUUCUAUAUAUAGAUGGGUCUUUCUUGAGUGGACCAUAUAAGGGAACUCUACUAUCAGCAUGUGUAUAUAAUGUAGAUAAUAAGAUGUUUCCUGUGGCAUAUGCCAUAGUAGGUGGUGAGAUAGUUGAGGAGUGGUCAUGGUUUCUUCAAAAUAUUAAGAACAUAAUAGAAUCGCGAGAGAUAGCACUAGUGUCUAACAGACAUAAUUCAAUCAUUAGGGCUAUACAAGCAAUAUAUGGUUAUGACAGGCAUGCUUUUUGUUACCGUCAAGUGAAAGAAAAUUUUGGGUUAGAGUUUUUAAAAGUCACAAGAGGUAAGAGAAAGAAUGGAGUGACAAAAGAUGCAGCAUUCAAGCUCCUGGAUGCAAUAGCUUAUGCAAGACUCCCUAGUAAGUUCAAUAUUGCAAUGUCAAAUAUGAUGAAUUUUUGUCUAGAUUUAUUACAAUGGCUUGAAACACACAAUGACAUAGAUAGAUGGGCACUUACCAAGUUUCCCCAUAGGAGGUGGGAUAACAUAACAACUAACAUUGCUGAGUCCUUUAAUUCUUGGGUUGUUAAGGAAAGGAAAUAUAAUAUUGUUGUUUUUAUGUAUAAGCAUAGGGAGAAAUUAGCAAAGAAGCUGCAUAACAGCAAAGUGGCACUAGAAAAAUGGACAAAUAGUGUUGGAGUAAAUGUGGAAACAAAGCUAAAGGAAAAUGUGUUAAGAGGUGAUACAUUGCAAGCUGAUUUUUAUGCACUGAACUCUGUUAGGGUGAAAACAUUAAAUGUAGAUGUGCGAGUAAAUCUUGAAUUACGUGAAUGCUCUUGCAUGGCAUGGCAGAUGUCUGGACUACCAUGUCCUCGUGUAUGUUCUGCCAUAAAGCUUUCACAUGGAAAUAUAUAUCAAUAUGUUGAGGAAUGGUAUCAUUUAAGUUGUCAAGAAAAAAUCUAUGGUAGUAAUAUGAUCCCGAUUAAGACUUUUGAUAUUCCAAAGCCUGAUACAACAACAUUAAUAAAUAACUUAUCACAAACUUUCUUGCAGCCGCCUUUAACCAGCCAUCCUCCUGGGAGGCUAAGAACAAGGAGGAUAGAGUCUCAAUUCCAAUAUAAAAAGAUUUAUCAUUGUUCAAGAUGUGGGGAGGCUGGACACAGUCGCAAGACAUGCAAGAAUCCUAACCCAUCAUAA